UGUUUGUUUCAGCGCCGGCGGGUCCUGUCAGUCCACGUGACGUCACAUGUAAACACCGCCGGCACCGACGGGCCCGCGGGUCCACCUCACCCAGCCGGCUGAGCAGUGAUGUUACAAGUGCGAUACCGCCUGAGGUACAGCAAGCCGGGCGUCCUCGCCGCGAAGCUGUUCUCGUCCGGUCCCGCCAAGAACCCCGUCGUGUUCCUGGACGUCGAUGCGGACAGCGAGCCCCUUGGGAGGAUAACCAUUGAGUUGAACGCGGAUGUAGUGCCAAAGACUGCAGCUAACUUCCGAGCGCUGUGCACGGGGGAACCUGGCUUCGGCUUUAAGGGCUCCGUGUUUCACCGGGUCAUACCUGAGUUCAUGUGUCAGGGGGGAGAUUUCACCAAACACGACGGGACAGGAGGGAAAUCUAUAUAUGGGAAAACAUUCAGAGACGAAAACUUCAUAUUAAAGCACACUGGUCCAGGAACGCUUUCAAUGGCAAAUUCUGGACCAAACACCAACGGCUCCCAGUUCUUCAUCUCCACGGCUAAAACAGAAUGGCUUGAUGGUAAACACGUGGUGUUUGGGCAGGUGAAGGAGGGUAUGGACGUGGUCACCAAGAUGGAAUCCUUUGGCUUACAUGACGGCGGUGUGACUAAGAACAUUGUCAUCACUGACUGUGGGGAGAUCCCCCGAAAUCCCACAAGGACUUCUGUUGAAUGAAUUGCCUUGAAACCUUUUGGUAUUCACUUCAUCUUUCAUCCAUCUUUUUGAUGCUUUCAAGGAGGGAACUUUCCCCUGUGAUCUAGCUCAUCACUAAAAACUGACAUUUCGGAUUAUACAAGAUAUUUCCCAUACAUUGUUGAAAGUCUGAACCAUCUAUUUUGUGUCCUAGCACUAAGUUAUCGGCUCUGUAAAAUGUUAUUAUUGUGUAAUUUACGCUCCGUUUACAGACAAAUAAAAUGACUUUUUUU